GCAGCUUAAUAUAAACAAGUUUUAAGAUCGAGUAAUAGAUCCAAUUAAAAUGGAAAGAUCGUGGUUUAAAUAUAGAAUACUACUUAUUUAUACAAUCAUAUCAGUAGUAAUCCUUAAUGGCAUUUAUGACGUAUCAAAAUCAGUGAUUGACGAGCUUUUUCAUGUUGAACAAGGCUUAAAUUAUUGUUAUGGAUUUUUUCAAGAGUGGAACCCAAAAAUUACAACACUUCCAGGGCUAUAUCUUUUGACUUUACUUACUCCAAGAUGUUCAUUAUACAAUUUACGGAUGAUUCCAUUAGUAUGUUCAGUCAUCAAUUUCUACCUGAUUUAUGGCAUUCGAUUAAUGCUGAUUGAUGAUAAAAAUGAUAGAGGAAGGCUCAAAGUAUUGAUUGACACGAUGUCAAUAGCUACUCUUCCACCACUGUAUUUUUUCUCGUUUGUCUAUUAUACGGAUGUUCCAUCAAUGACUUCAAUCCUAUUGACUUUCUACUUUGCAUUAAAAGAAAAGUAUCAGCUAUCCUCAAUUUUUGGACUCUUUAGUUUUCUAAUGAGGCAGACGAAUAUAGUUUGGGUAGCUGGAAUAUUUGGAACGAGUGUCAUCAACGAUAUGAUGAAGGAAAUCUAUCCAAAAAUAAAGCUUGAGGAAUCAACAUUCUCACAACUUCUAUUUUCCAUCAAGACUCAUUUGAAGCAACCUAGAAUGCUUUUUAAAUUAAUUGGACAGACUAUCAAAAAGUAUUAUGGAUAUAUUCUAGUCAUCAUUAAGUUCCUCAUUUUCCUUGUAAAGAAUGGAUCUUUAGUCGUUGGUGACAAGACAGCGCAUCCAGCGACACUUCAUCUUUCACAAGCUCUUUACUUCUCACUCUUUACUCUAAUCUUUGGCUUCUCAUUAUGGUUUCAUAAUAUCUGGUCAUUCAUCAAACAAAUUCGCAACAAGCGAUUUGUCAUAUCCAUAAUAUCAAUAGCAAUUUUAAUGGCUUUAAUAAUUCGGUACAACACAAUUGUUCAUCCAUACUUGCUAGCUGAUAAUCGUCAUUAUACUUUUUAUGUUUGGAAUCGUUUGUAUGGUCGAAAUGAGUACAUGCGAUAUUUAUUAAUUCCUGUUUAUAUUUUCGGCAUGUACGUGAUCUGUAAAUCAUUACACGGAUCGAUUGGAUUUAAGCUAUUCUACAUAAUUUCGACUCUUUUGACAUUCUGCCUUCAAGGACUUGUAGAAGUAAGAUACUUUUUGAUUCCAUUUGUCAUUCUUAGACUAUUUAGAAAGGAUGUCGUUAAAAAAUGGACAUUUAUUGAAUUUUUAAUUAAUGUAUUUUUGAAUUAUGUGACCAUAAAAAUAUUCCAUACCAUUCAAAUCAAAUGGCCAGAUUUUGACGAGCCACAACGAAUUAUUUGGUAAUAGGACAAAUAAACACGAUUUAAAUCUAGUUUUGGAAUUAA